CAUUUCUUCGAUUUAGUUCGAUUUGAAACCUAUGCUGCCGGUUUGGGUGUUCCCUUUACAGCCUAACACAUCUUAUUGACAGUUAGUCAACUUCAUAAACUGUGCGCAUCAAACAGUUGUAGAUUACGAUUCUACUUCUGAAAACAAACCGCAUUUGUCUAGUAGAAAUACCGAUUUUCCAACUGCAAACUGCUCCUAGAAUGUUUCUCUCCUUUAUUAUUUGUCUAGCGAUCCACUUGACCGCCGCCCGCCGAGCGACAUACACUGCCACCACGGAGAAAAGCUCUUUCCGACUCGCCAAUUCUGACAGCACAUUCCGCAUUUCCGAUCCGGACCAGCUCAGCGGCCCUGCCACCCUUAAACAAGGGGAUGUACAACUGUUUCCCGAAUGGGACGCGGAGAACCACACCCUCGGCUCCAUUCAGCACCGCACCUGCCGCAUCAAAUCCUUGUGCUUGCUGUCCUGCCCAUCGGAAGACCACCCAAAAAUCUGGGUUUUGGAGGGCAGUUACCAGCAUAUGUCGGUCAACGAGGAUGAUGCGGUCCGUUGUGAAGUGGCUCGCAGUGUCCGGGGUUGCCCGUUCACCCUCAUGACGGCACAUUUAUGCUCGGGCGCGACGGAAUCCUGCAGUGUGCACAUUAAAACCCCGGAUGAAGCCGACGACUGCGGAGCGACGCAUUAUAGCAUAGGAUACCAGUGCUUGCCGGCUGAACAUCCCCUGAAGCCGUACGCGAAGGCUCCAAAGAACCGGGACGAUCGCUGUUAUCAGUAUUACAGCCGAAAGUAUGCCUAGCGUAAUACUCAACCCGGUUUCUCCAUAUUAUCGGGUCAAAAAUAUUGGCACACUGUAAUCAAUAUGUGCGAUACUGGAACAGCGCAUGUAAAUACUCGUACAUAAUCCGACAGUUUGAUGCUUAUUUGCUUUUGCCUGACCUUCAAGGCGCUUUGAUCAUUUUUUAGUUAGCAGCCUCGGUAUGCAAAUACUAACGUCGAAA